AUUCUCCAACACGAGAAGUUAAAUUUGAAUUGUGAGUUGGCUAAUUGUUGGAAGGUCUAUUCUCAGUCCAUAAAUACCUCUCUUCUAGGCCAACCCACUUCCAUAUUUUGCAACCAUUUUACCAUAGUUGUAGCUUUACACCAAACAACUACAUAAGCUUUGCAAAAUAUGGAGCUACCAAAUGAAGGUGGAGAAGGAUCUUCUCAAAAGAAAAUGGGAAGAGGAAAAAUUGAAAUCAAGAGGAUUGAAAACACUACCAAUAGGCAAGUCACUUUUUGCAAACGACGCAAUGGAUUGUUGAAGAAAGCUUAUGAAUUAUCCGUUCUUUGUGAUGCCGAAGUUGCUCUUGUUGUCUUCUCCACUCGCGGUCGUUUGUAUGAGUAUGCCAACAACAGUGUUAGAGCAACUAUUGAAAGGUACAAAAAAGCAUGUGCUGCUUCCACUAACGCAGAAUCUGUAUCUGAAGCUAAUACCCAGUUUUACCAGCAAGAAUCAUCCAAAUUGAGAAGACAGAUUCGAGAUAUUCAGAAUCUAAAUAGACACAUCCUUGGUGAAGCUCUAGGAUCUCUAAGUCUCAAAGAACUGAAGAAUCUUGAGGGUAGAUUGGAGAAAGGUUUAAGCAGAGUUAGAUCUAGAAAGCAUGAGACUUUGUUUGCUGAUGUGGAGUUCAUGCAAAAGCGGGAAAUUGAGCUGCAAAACCAUAACAAUUAUCUACGGGCUAAGAUAGCGGAACAUGAGAGAGCUCAACAACAGCAACAUAAUUUGAUGCCAGAUCAAACAAUGUGUGAUCAGUCCUUACCUUCAUCACAAGCAUAUGACCGAAAUUUCUUUCCGGUAAAUCUUCUUGGAUCAGAUCAGCAGCAGUAUUCGCGUCAAGACCAAACUGCGCUCCAACUUGUGUGAUCAUAUAUAUGCUGGAAAAAGGCAAUGGACGUUGUGCAACAGUCCUGAAACCGUUUAUUAAUCUACUUGAAUAGUUGCAUGAAGUGUGUCUAUAUAGUAAAGAACCAUUAUAUACAUGCCUACUUUUACUAAUUAACAAUGUCUUUAAGUUAAAUUAGGGUUCUUCAGACUGUGAACUGGAAAAGAACCAGCAUUUGCGACCAUACCUCAUGAUAAUACUAUUAUCGUAUCUUUUAAUAACAAACUAGUUUCUAAACCUUACUCUU